UCUAAAAACCGUAUCCCGGAACUGCCGUAACCGGAAGAAUAUUUUAUAUAGAAAAAAAGACAGAAAAUAGGAACUACAAAGAUUUUACCAGAUAACAUUAAAUUGUAAUUUGCCCUUCUACUGAAUAUGGGUCAGAUUGGUCAAGAAAUCACCAGUACUGUAUUUAUUUGAAGAUGCUUCUUUAAAAUCAGAGUUUCCUAUCUGGAGGCAGUAAAUACGUAUACACAAGGAAGGAAAUCUGCAAAAACUUCUAGUAUCAGAAAUGUUAAAUGGUAGCAGUACAUUGUAUGUAGUAUGACAGAUUUCAUUAUCUGUCUGUUUUUUGCUUUACUUGUGCAUAGAGCUGUAUGUUUAAAGUUCAAAGGUGGAGAUUUCAUCUUAUUGGACAAUGAACCUGAGAAUUUGUUGUAUGAAAAUACAUUUGUGUAUGAAUGGCGUUUAUGCAGGGUGAACAGCAGUGUUAUAAGUCCUAAUGAAUAUGACAGAAAAGGAUACAUCAAUGAAAACUGUUUCAACAAAAACUGGGACAACAAACAUCCUUGUUUAAAAUUUGCAUGGUUUUAUGCUGGUGUACCUUUCACAGAAGUUCCAACCUGUGAUCCCUUGUCAGCUGCAGACAGUUAUAUUUGGAACUGUGAGAAAGACCUACUUCCAAAUGAAGUUACCCCAUACAGGAACUGCACACCAGUGUGUAAUGAGGGAUAUACCUUACUACAGAAUGUGACAACUAGAUGUAGUGUACACCUGACAUGGACUUGGUUUGGAGAUAAGGAUAAACAGUUUUGUGAAAAGACACAUUUAGAAGAUUUCACACAACCUCCUUCAGAUAGAUUUCCAAUAACCACAGUCUCAGAAAAAUUUCCAAGCUCCACAGUCUCGGAAAGAUAUCCAAGCACUACAAUCUCAGAAGGACCUUCAAACACAGUUUCUACAGUAUCAGUGUCGUCUAAUGAAAUAGUUUGGACCUUAUCAGGCUUAACAGCCAGUCAUAUAAAUGAAACAGCUUUGGAAUUAACAUGGAAGGUAUCCAUAUCACCUGCAGGAAGUCAUCAUUAUCCCAAUGGAUACAACAUAUCUUACAACAAACAAGGGGAGCAAACUCAUCAUAUAACCUUGAAAGGUUAUCUGCUGAACACUACGAUAUCAGAGUUGGAGCCAGAUACAAAGUACUUCUUUAAAUUGUGUGCUAAAGGAACUAAUGAACGAGAUGAGAUUUGUGCAAACACAACAGUACAAACUAAAGCUAAAGAGGUAUUAGUUGGAAAACAAUCACCAGGGGAUGAUAAUACUGUGAUUUUAAUUGGGAUUGUUGCUGGAUGUGGAGUUUUAUUGGUAUUUUUUGCUGUAAUUAUAAUUUGUAUGUGUAAAAAGCAAAGAUAUUCACCAUCUUCCAGUUCAAGCAGUGACCAGUAUUCACUAGUUGGUCGAGGUACAUGGUAUUUUUAUAUGCAGAAUUAA